AUGCUUACACCUUUUAAAAAUAAUAAUCGCAGCUUAAGAACAACAACUACAUAUUGUUUUCGCACUCAACAGAGACAAUUGAAACUGAGAAUUGAAAUGCUUUUAUGGCUUGGUUUAAGGGUGCGCUCAAAAAGAGGUUUAAAGAGUGAAGGAGAAAAAAAACUUAUAAUUAAGCCUUUUGGGAUUCGUGAUGGAGGUGACUUGAUAAAAGAUUCUAUUGAAAAGACUCGGUUGAUCCUUAGAGGUGUGGAUGAGUAA